AUGCCCGAUGCGGUGACGCACUCUUCUUCUCCCGUCAUGGAUGCUAGCAGACACGACGACGUGGAGAAGGCGGCGUCUUCCGACUCCACGCUCAAGGGAGUUGUGAUGACUUGGCAGUUGAAGGCUCUCCUGGCUGGAAGAACACCGCUACCCAGUUCGAGACCGAAACGAAAGUCAGAUGAGAUGGAGAGCCCCGAGUCUAGUGAUCAUCCGGACAGCUCUACAUUGGACGAUUCCCCGAGUGCCAAAUGUGUCGAUGGCUCUCACAACAAAGACGACAAAGAGACUACAACGGUCAGCCAUGUUGCUAAGAAAUCAAAAAUGAACAGCCCCAAGACCGCAAGGAAGCAAUGGAGUGAACAUGAGAUCCGCCGUGUGAUUGUCCUGCGCAGAAAGCAAAUCCCUUGGGAACAGAUACUUGAGCAUUUUCCAACUCGAACACUCGUAGGCAUUCGCCAGAUAUUCUGGAAGUACAACGCGGGCUACACCUUUCCUUGGAAAAAGUUGUAG